AUGGCGUCACGCUUGGCACGAAGCGCCGUCGGCGCUCCCCUCCUCCGACCCGUCCUCGCCCGCCGAGCUGCCCCUGCCAUCUCUGUUGCCGCCGCGCGAUACAACAGCAAUGUUCCCGCCGAGGACCCCAAGAAGAAGGCUCAGAGCAUCAUUGACGCUCUUCCCGGUAACAGCCUGCUCAGCAAGAGCGCCAUCCUGAGCUCCGCCGCUGGUCUUUCCAUCUACGCCAUUUCUAGCGAGUACUACGUCAUGAACGAGGAGACCAUCAUCGCCAUCUCUCUUCUCUCAGUCUGGGGUGCCUUGAUCAAGUACGGUGGCCCGGCCUACAGGGAGUGGGCUGAGACGCAGAACAACAAGAUCAAGAACAUCCUCAACAGCGCCCGUGCCGACCACACCGAGGCCGUUAAGGGCCGCAUUGAGGACGUCAAGCAGAUGGGCAGUGUUGUCGAGAUCACCAAGAACCUCUUCGAGGUUUCCAAGGAGACCGCCAAGCUUGAGGCUGAGGCUUUCGAGUUGGAGCAGAAGACUGCUCUUGCUGCUGAGGCCAAAACCGUCCUUGACUCUUGGGUCCGAUACGAAGGCCAGGUCAAGCAGCGACAGCAGAAGGAGCUCGCUCAGUCCGUUAUCGCAAAGGUCCAGAAGGAGCUUGAGAACCCUAAGGUCCUUCAACAGAUCCUCCAGCAGAGUGUUGCUGAUAUUGAGAAGAUCGUUGCCUCCAAGGCCCAAUAG